CUUUAUUGAGGCUCAGCAGACCCUGGCUGAUAGUUCUGAGAAGAAAGAUGAUCGACUGGAGCCACUGGAUAAAUCAAUAGUGGCUUCGAGCAGUGAUCCUGAAAGUAACCAGUGGAGGGAUGUUGGACUUAAAUUAAUCAAUGAUGGAAUGGUUGGUGUUUUAUUACUAGCAGGUGGGCAGGGAACUAGACUAGGUGUAUCCUAUCCUAAAGGAAUGUACAAUGUGCAGCUACCAUCUAAUAAAACACUUUAUCAAUUGCAGGCCGAAAGAAUAUUGAAAUUACAAGAGCUAGCUAAAAAUAAAUAUGGAAAGGAGGACACUAUUGUCACAUGGUACAUCAUGACCAGUGAGUACACACGGGACACUACAAUAAAGUUUUUCAAUGACCACAAAUACUUUGGACUGGACAAAAGGAAUGUUGUCAUAUUUGAGCAGAAUACUCUUCCUUGUGUUGAUUUCAAUGGAAGGAUACUUCUAGACAAGAAGAACUCCAUUGCACGUGCUCCUGAUGGAAAUGGCGGACUCUAUGCUGCUCUUGUUAAUAAAAAUAACAAUGUACUCAAGGAUAUGAAUUCUCGUGGUAUUAAGUGUAUCCAUGUCUAUGGUGUUGAUAAUAUUUUAGUUAAAAUGGCUGAUCCUGUUUUUGUUGGAUAUUGCUGGAGCAGAGAUUCUGAUUGUGGAGCUAAAGUGGUUAGAAAAUCAAGUCCUGGUGAAAAAGUGGGUGUGGUUUGUCUUUUAGACGGAAAAUAUCAGGUGGUUGAGUAUAGUGAAAUCAGUCAGUCAACAGCUGAAAUGUGUAAUCCUGAUGGCUCAUUAACCUUUAGUGCUGGGAAUAUCUGUAACCAUUACUUUACUGUCUCUUUUCUCGAGAGGGUUUGUUCUGAUCACAAAGAUCAGCUCGUUCAUCACAUUGCAAAGAAGAAGAUACCUUACAUUGAUGAUACAGGAAUGAGGGUGGAGCCUACAUCACCUAACGGUAUUAAAAUGGAAAAAUUUGUAUUUGAUGUUUUUCAAUUUUCAGAAAAAUUCUCUGUAUUCGAGGUAGUGCGUGAUGAAGAGUUUGCCCCAUUAAAGAAUGGACUCGAUUCCCCAACUGAUUCUCCUGUUACUGUUAGACAAGCCUUGAUGAACCUUCAUUAUAAGUACAUACAGAGGGCAGGUGGAACCAUUACUAGUGACACUCCAGUCCAGGUCAAUGGUACUAAUGGUAUCAUAUGUGAGAUAUCACCACUGGUCUCUUAUGCUGGGGAAGGCCUUCAGGAACUGUGUAGUGGUAAUACAUUCAAAGUGCCUCUUCAUUUGACAGAUUAAUACUUUUUAAAUUAUUAUUAUUAUUAUUAUUAUUUAUAAGAAUAAUUGAGAGUCAGGAA